CCAUGGCUCAGAUAUAGAACCACACACCUCCUGCACACAGAGGCAACACACACUCCUCUCACACACACUGCACCAUUAGCGGUACCCAGGGCUAUACAUACCCCCAGAUGUUUCUAGUGGACUACAGUGGAGGUUCACAGCCGUCGGUCCAACCUCCAGGCCUGGUACCUUGCUGGUCCUUCCCUCCUGCCCAGGAGAGGGUAAGGGAGCAGGGCAGGGCCAGAGGCUGCAGGGGGGUUGGCUCCUGGAGCCUGGUUGUGGCUUUGCUGUUUCUGCUACUGCUGGUGUUUGGGGCUCUGGGGCUGGGAGCCUACCAGAUACACAAGCUACAGACUCAACUGGAUGGGAUACAACAGGUUAACAUUGAGAGCCAAGGUUGUGCGCCUGAGAAGCUAGUGGGUGACCUUCCAGAGUCUGAUCCAGACACAGGGAAGAAGGCCAGCAGACCUGCAGCACACGUCAUAGGCCGGAUCGAGAAGGAUGUUUCCCAGAAUACCUUGCGUUGGGAGCCCAAGGCAGGGCGGGCCUUCACUGAGGGAGGCGUGGUCUAUCGGGAUGGUGGUCUGCAGGUCAACGAGACUGGGCUCUACCACAUCUACUCCCGGGUGCAAUUUGAGGCCAAUCACUGCACCCCUACAGAUGCCUUGGUUCACUCUGUGUUUGUGAGGAGGCCCUGGAGCUCCAAGCCUCUCACCUUGAUAGAGGCGCACAGGGAGGGCUACUGCAGCUCGGGCUCUAAUGGGCGUGUCUGGACCUCUGGGAGUUACCUGGGCUCCACAUUGCAGCUGGAGAAGCAGGACUGGGUCUAUGUGAACGUCUCCCACCCAGCCAUGCUCAGCCACACUCAUCAUGCCAACUUCUUUGGACUCCACAAGAUCUAGCGAAAAAGGAUGAAAUCUGGAGUUGGUUUCAACUGAUAUUUCACUCAGAGAACCUUAACACUAAAAUGGUGGAGAAAAAAGUAGUAUUUAUUAUGAUAAAGAUCUGACACUGAUUCCAGCUGCAGGUCUGAAUGUAUGUUCAUUAGAACACAAAAAUGUGCAUGUUUGGGAUUUUAUAUAUGUCAACAGGGAUCCAGUUUAUUAUAUUCUAAUAAAUGUAUUUAAAAAAUAAAAAAGUUCAGACAGAUCUUUGUCAGAAGUGAUUGUAUAACAGGAGGAUGAUUAGUGUUCUUUUAUUGUGUUUGUGUUUUUUGUUAUGUCCCUUACAUUUUGUUCUCUCAAUCUGUCACUCUCUUGCUUCAUUAAAAAAAAAUUUUUUUUAAAUGUAACCUUUAUUUAACUAGGCAAGUCAGUUAAGAACAAAUUCUUAUUACAAUGACAGCCUAAAUAUUUCAUCACAGUUUGCAGACCUCCAAGUUUAUGGUUGAGCCGGUGCGGACAUGAAACUAAGAUUAGGGUAGGGUUGAGAUAUGAAAAGGGCUAACUGAUUUCCAGUGAUUAUACAGAACUGUGGGGAAUUGUUUAUAUCGCUGAGCACCUUGGAGUCUGGC